AUGUGUGACGUAGCUGUAGGAAGAUGGGAUGGCAGACGCAACCGCCCAGUCCCUGACGCCGUGUGGUUGGAACAACACCGGCGUGCUUUGCCGUUCGUCAUCAAACGGGAAAACGAACGAGGAACCGUCGCACCGAGACUUAUAAAACUGGGUGAAGGCGUCGAGAUCCGAGAAGAGUUGCUGCGCGGCGUGAAAUGGGGAGAUUACCGCAAAGUGACGCGAGGGUUAGCGGCGGCACUUUUCACGCCUAUAGAACUGGCGACGUGUUCUGUAACAGGACAGCGGUGGUCGCGAGCAGGACAAGAGUCGCGGCCCACGAAACCACCACUGGAUCGACGUCGGGUCCACGCUCUCAUAUCCUACGUGAGCCGACAUUUUCCUGAUGUCGAGGUUAGCCGAAUCAAACAGGUGCUAGCGUACAAGUGCAAAGAAAACUGCGCAGCACUUCGGAUGAGAACCGCCAGGCUGUCGAACUGUUUCAGCGAUUCGACCAACUAUCUGCUGAGCGCAGCCGCGCGGCCUCCUCCCUGCGACGUGGACGCGCCCGGUGGCAGCGCACGUUCCUCCUUCUCAAACUAUGAGGCUUCAAAGGGUCCAGGAGCGGCGGGCAUCGGAGGUGGAGGUGGAGGAGGAGGAGGUGGAGGUGGAGGCGGCGGGAGCGGCAGCACCAACGAGUACGGACGUGGGGGUGGUGCGGACGAGGCAGAUGGCGAAGCACAGUAG